GCAGUUUGAAAGAACCAACUAGACUACUCGAUCUCUCAGCUGCACUGUCACUAAUCCGAGAAGAUGAAAAUCCACCACGUUGCUUGCUUGGAAGACAAUUACGCAUACCUAAUCAUUGACGAGAGCACCAAAGAAGCGGCGGUUGUGGAUCCUGUUGAACCCGAAAAGGUUCUUAAAGCGGCUCAAGAGCACGGUGCCCAAGUCAAAAUCGUCCUCACCACUCACCACCAUUGGGAUCAUGCGGGUGGAAAUGAGAAGAUAAAGGAGUUGGUGCCUGGUAUAAAGGUGUAUGGCGGUUCUGUUGAUAAUGUGAAGGGCUGCACUGAUAAGGUGGACAAUGGUGAUAAGAUUACGCUCGGAGCUGAUACUCAAAUACUCUCACUUCACACACCAUGUCACACAAAAGGUCACAUAAGUUAUUAUGUGACUAGCAAAGAGGGAGAGGAACCAGCUGUUUUCACCGGAGACACACUGUUUGUUGCUGGUUGCGGCAAAUUUUUCGAAGGAACAGCUGAACAGAUGCAUCAGUCACUGUGUGUAACUUUGGCUUCUUUGCCAAAGCCUACACGAGUUUACUGUGGUCAUGAGUACACAGUGAAAAACCUGCAAUUUGCUCAGACAGUUGAGCCACACAAUGCAAAGAUAAAGCAGAAGUUAUCCUGGGCACAGCAGCAGCGGGAAGCGGGUCUCCCAACGGUUCCCUCAACCAUUGAGAGCGAGAUGGAAACAAACCCCUUUGUGCGAGCUGAUAUGCCAGAGCUUCAGGAGAAGGUUGGUUGCCAAAAUGCUGUGGAGGCUCUCCGCGAGAUAAGGCAGAGGAAGGACAACUGGAGGGGCUAAUCCAUCAAUCCACCACUCUGCUUACCUUACAUACUGUGUGUCAUCUUCCAUUCUGCAGGGGCUAAAUCUACCACUCUACUUAUCAUACAUACUGUGUGUCAUCUUCCUUUCCGCGAUAAGGAUUUGUAGAAUUCGUUCAAGAAAAGUAAACUUUUUCCAUGUUUUCGUCAUGAACACCGCAAGUAAUACAGUUUGUGUGAUGUAUGUGGCUUACAGGACCGGCACUCUUAGUUUCC